CUCCACGGUCACUACUGCUACACAUUACUGAUAACUCAACAUCUAUCUAGCCACUACUAGUUUGGGGUCAGGCUAACCGCGGGACUAAGGCAAGGGCAGCUCAUCCGGCCCGGAGUGGCGGCGCUGGCGUUAUCGAUCACCGCCGGCGCUUUCCCUCUCACCGUCGCGGCUUUUUAUUCCUCCUCUCUUUCUCCGCCGCCCGCUGUCUUUGUUCUGCUGCCGCCUGGCUAGCAUCGUGCAUUCACUCCUUCAUUCAUUUGUGUCUCGUUGUCUUAUCGUACAUAUGCUUACCCCCGUAUUAUAGCUUGUUUUGUUCUGUGUAAAUCUUUCACGCGUCGCUGCCAAUACUGGUUUGUAUCUUACGCCGCCCGCCCUUUCAUAGUGCGGCUCAAUUAUCGCGCCCCCAUGGGAUUUUUUGACCACCUCCAGAAAGGAGGCACCUUCUCUCUACAACCCAAGAAACCUCAGAUCCGCAAGGUUGUUCAAACGCGAGCCGCAGCCCCCUCAAGACCCUCGUCCCAGACCCCAGGUCAUUCCGCAUCCCGAACACCCCCCGCUCAGCUCAAAGCUCGAGAGUCAGCAAGCAGAUCCGUCUCGAGGGAUCGAGAUCCCCCAUCUUCGAAGCGGCGACUCGGCACACCCGCGCAGAGUCGCAAGCGACAAACUCCGGAAUUACGACUCUCUAGCGACGACGAUGCCAGCGAUACCGAUACUUCCUUUGAGGUGCGCAAACGGGCUAGGACAGGUGACAGCGCAGAACCAGACCCUGCCAGGCGCGUGCGCUCUAUGAAAGCCUUCUUCGAAGAUGGCAUCCGGAACCUUCCCAUGAUACAUGCAGCAGAAAUUACGUCCAUUGAAAAGGCCGGAAAUUUUAAACCUGCGUUUGGGGCAGCCAAGCCUCUACCGGAACUACUUCUCCAGUACCCCAGCGCUUCGUCCAAGGAAAGGUAUAAUCUUGUGGUUCCUCGUGACAACGACGACUUCAAGCCCAUUGACGACAUCGUAAACGUCAUCGACAUAGUUUCACAAAAUUACAUACCCGAUGAGGAGGCAGAUGUAUUCAACAAUGAAUCGACUGGAAUCAAACGUAGACUACGACGAGCACUUGCCCAUUCCUCUGAAGCGGAUCUCCGGGAAGUCGUGACGGAGUACAACAAUGCGAUCGUACGGCUGAGACGAAAUGGGGGUAUUGCAAAGAAGCUGGAUUCAACGAGUCGUCUAAAUUUGCCUCACGUGGAAAGAAUCUUGACCCAAAUAUACUCGCGCACUGUCUCGCCUCGGGUCGAAUCUCUUCGUCAAUAUGAGAAUGGGACGGACAAUGUGUAUGGCGAACUUCUCCCGCGCUUCAUCAGCACAAUUUUCAAGGAGACCGGGCUGAAGUCUGGCCAAGUCUUCGUUGAUCUGGGCUCUGGUGUCGGUAACGUGGUCCUACAGGCAGCGCUAGAGAUCGGAUGUGAAAGCUGGGGUUGCGAAAUGAUGCAGAAUGCAUGCGAGCUUGCCGAACUUCAACAGACCGAGUUCAAGGCGCGAUGUCGGCUAUGGGGCAUAGCGCCAGGGAAGACGCACCUCGUUCGAGGUGAUUUUCUCAAGGAACAGAGCAUUAUCGAUGUACUGAAGCGCGCCGACGUGAUUUUGAUCAACAAUCAGGCUUUCACCCCUCAGCUGAAUAAUGAGCUGAUCAACCACUUUUUGGAUAUGAAGGAAGGGUGUCAGAUUGUAUCCCUAAAGUCAUUUGUCCCGGCGGGCCACAAAAUACAAUCCCGCAACCUCAAUUCACCCAUCAACCUAUUGAAAGUCAAGCAGAGGAACUAUUGGUCGAACAGCGUCAGUUGGACCGAUGUUGGUGGUACCUACUUUAUCGCGACCAAAGAUAGUUCUCGCCUGAAAGCUUUUGUGGAAAGCAUGCAAUGAAGUUCUGCUGAUUCACCAUACAUUCCCACUGCUGCUUGGUUCACGACCGCAAUGCUUUGCUGCUUUCGGUUUCUUGUAUUGAUAUUCUUUAUUGGCAUUUGUUGGUACAUAUAUCCUCUUUUGGCAAAAUUGUUUUGGUAUACUGACCCUUUGUUUUGCUUUUGGAGAUGCUCUGGGCUUAGGACAUGAUACCAUGUUUCUUAUUCAGGCAUACAUAUCAGCGCGUGCUAGUGGAUCCUAGCACUCUUCACUUUCAGUACAUAACCGUCUGACAUAGCCAGUGCUUACUCACAAAGCUAUGGAUUACAUAAGGUGUGGCAUGGAAUGAGAUAUAGGACUUGGGCACAGUGUGAAUAACAUCUCUUGGGAUCAUAACUUUCUUGUGCAGCCUGUGACAGCACACUAAUACUGGGUACCAGUACAUUCUACAAAUCAAAAU